AUGAAAAGUCCGCGAAUCUCUGUUCUCAUCUUCUUCUCGAUCUCAUUAUCGAUCCUCAUUGAAUCAUCAUGGAGCUCUUCCAUCAUCAAUCCUUCCAAAGUCAAGCAAAUUUCGUCCAAACCCAGAGCUUAUGUGUAUAAGGGAUUUCUCACGGAUGAAGAAUGCAACCAUUUGAUAUCUCUGGCGAAAACUGAGCUGAAACGAUCGGCGGUGGCCGAUAAUUUGUCAGGGGAGAGUAAGCUGAGUGAGGUCCGGACCAGCUCCGGGAUGUUUAUUCCUAAAGGAAAGGAUCCCAUAAUUGCCGGCAUCGAGGAGAAGAUUUCAACAUGGACAUUCCUACCCAAAGAAAAUGGUGAAGACAUACAAGUUCUUCGCUAUGAGCCCGGGCAGAAGUAUGAUCCUCAUUAUGAUUACUUUGCUGACAAGGUUAAUAUUGCUCGGGGUGGACACCGCAUAGCCACUGUUCUCAUGUAUCUAACUGAUGUUGAAAAGGGUGGUGAAACUGUCUUUCCCAAUGCUGAGGAAUCGUCUCGGCGUCGAUCUAUGACAGCUGACGAGGAUUUAUCUGAUUGUGGGAGGAAGGGUAUUGGAGUGAAACCACACAAAGGAGAUGCACUUCUAUUCUUCAGCCUGCAUCCAAAUGCUAUUCCAGACCCUUUGAGUCUUCACGGUGGCUGCCCCGUGCUUGAAGGCGAGAAAUGGUCUGCGACUAAAUGGAUUCAUGUAGAUAGCUUCGAUAAGAUCCUGGGAUCAUCUGACGGUUGCACUGAUGCAAACGACAAUUGCGAGAGAUGGGCAGCCCUAGAUCCUUUUCAAGCAUUCAUUCUACCAAGAUUUCUUCUGCUGCUACAAUUAGUGUACCUGAAUUUGCCUGCUGAAAUUCCGAAAGGAAGAGACUUUAAAACAAGGGACUGCAAGCAGAGGGAAAGAAGGAUGGAUGUUGUUGUUCAGAUGCAGAGGAGCUUUCGGGAUAAAUUAGCAUCUCUGUUCCGUGAGGGAAUCUUGGAUAGUCAAUUUAGCCAGCUUCAACAAUUGCAAGAUGAAAGCAACCCAGAUUUUGUGGUUGAAGUUGUUGCCCUUUUCUUUGAAGAUUCUGAAAGACUUCUCAAUGAUCUCGCUAGAGCUUUAGAACAGCAUGUGGACUUCAAGAAGAUUGAUGCUCAUGUUCAUCAGCUUAAGGGCAGCAGUUCCAGCAUAGGUGCUCAGAGGGUUAAAAAUGCAUGCGUUGCUUUUCGCAAUUAUUGUGAAGAACAGAACGAUGAAGCGUGCUCAAAAUGCUUAAUGCAAGUCAAGCAAGAAUAUCUGCUAGUGAAGAACGAGCUUCAAACUUUACUCAUGUUGGAGCAGAAGAUCAAAGCAGCUGGUGGAGCAAUUCCAAUGAUUGAAUAA